AUGGUGAGGAGAAGUUCCUUGUCAAAUAUUUCGGUUUCACUCCAGCAAAAAAUAUACAAUAUUGUUGGUAAAAGCGCCGACAAAGAAGCAGUUAUGAACCCUGGUGAGGCUCAAUCUAAACCAAGUUGUGGAUUUUGUCCAUGUCGCAAAAAUAGAUUCACAAAUAAUAAAUGUAGCCGCUGUCAAACUCCGCUAUGUAGAGAACACACGGAUAUGCUACUCAGUGUUCACCAUGGACAAAAAUUGAAGCCGAAGUCACGAGUCCGCAAGUGGAAAAACACCAGUCCCAAUGAAAUUCGAACUUUUAUCGGUCUUGCCGUUUUGCAGAGCGUCUGUUCAAAACCUUCUUUUGAUAUGUAUUUUUCGGCUCGCGAGAGUAUCGAAACGCCAUUUUUCGUGAAAACCAUGCGGGAAUAUAGAUUUCGCCUUAUUCAUAAGUUUAUACAUUUUGCUGACAACAAUUUUCUCGACAACGAUCCUCACGUACGAAAAUUGUAUAAAAUAAAGCCUAUCAUUGACCAUUUACAAAAUAAGUUUAGGAGUGUGUAUAUCCCGGGAAAAAACAUAUCUGUUGACGAAUCGUUGAUGGGGUGGAAAGGACGCUUGUCCUGGAAGCAGUAUAUUCCCUCAAAAAGGAAACGUUUUGGGAUAAAGUUCUAUAUGCUAUGCGAAAGUUCUACAGGGUAUGUCUAUAAUUUUUUUGUUUAUACAGGGGCUGACACAAAUUAUGGCCAUAAGUAUAUUGAGCAGCCUAUCGCUGCACGAAUUGUAUUGUCACUAUGUGAUAGUCUACUCAAUAAGGGACACUGUUUAUUGACCUGUAUGUGUGUGUGCAAACAGACUGAACAGUUUAACUGCACAGUUUUCACUGAACAGUUCAAACUGUCAGUUGAAACUGUACGUGAGUGGCCGACUUAA